CAAUGCUUAUUAGCUCAAACUUUUAUUGAAGCAAAUCCUGGUGGAAACUCUGGUGUUGUUGUAUAUUAUGACGGUAAUGAUGCAGCAGAGCGCAUCAAUUCUAAGUUUCAUCCUAAUUUGGACCUUGUUGUUGCAGUUGAGCUCGAAUAUUUUGAUGAGCAAUUUUUCAAAUUUAGGGCUUCUGUUAAAUUCCUAAAAGAGGAACGGGUAAAAGGAGUGAUGUUACUGGCAAGGAAUUCGUCCCUGACGUCGGAUCUGCCUCUAUCGGAAGACAGCGCGUGUCCGAACGAGGAAACCCUUACAGGUAUUUACGGAGAUUCUUGUCGUAACAAGUGGAAUGUUAACGGAGCAGUUAUACCAGAAGGACUUCGGUUCACGAAAUUUAUGAAGCCUAUUUUUUUGAUAAGGAACUUGACUAUAAUACGGAUCGUGAUGGAAAAUUGUUACAAAGCUUUUAAUAUCAAUGGUAGUCUUUCUGGGUCGUCUUUGUGCUCAGCAAACUUGAAAGCUCAUAUGGCAGCUGCUGGAGACGCAGAAAUAUGCAUGCGUCGAAGCGUUCCAUCUUUCUUCAGAGGAAGCACGAGUGGUUUUUGUGCUGUGCUAGAAGAUAGUAACCUUAUUGCUAUCGUCCCACCACCGAGAAAAAAGCUGGAUAGUCAGAAGUUUCUUAUAGUUGCGACUCGUAUGGAUUCGUUUAGCAGUUUUGCUGGAACAGUUUUGGGCGAGGUGUCUGUCCUGAGUUCUUUAAUGACAGUAAUUGCCGCAGCAGAAGCAAUAGGAAGGAAUCUUAAAACUCUGCAGGAAGCUGCUACUCGUAAACAUCGUUCAGUUGCUUUUGCUUUUUUCCAUGGGGAGUCGCUUGGCUUUAUUGGAAGUACUCGCACAGUUUUUGAUAUGCUGAAAGGAGAAUUCCCUGUUAAGCUGAAAGGCGAGAAAUCCGACAUCUCUUUGAUCAAGAUAGAUGAUAUUGACUCAUUUUUAGAGGUCCAAGCCAUCUUUGGAGAAUCCGAUCUUUUUGCGCAUAUUGAUGGGAAGUCGUAUUUUAACCAAACAAAGGACACUGUACGAGAAGUGGACAAAUUAAUUAGAGGCGCCAACAAGAAAUUGUUUAGCGACAAAUAUUCCGUUAAAGUUCGCAACGCAAAUGGCUCUGCACUUGAUAGUCAUUUGCCACCGUCAUCUUUCGAGACGUUCUUAAAGAAAAAACGAAAUAUUGCUGGCUUUGUUCUUGCUCCAUUUGCUUCCAUCUAUGAUUACAAGAGAAUGAAUUCAUUUGCUGAUAGAAUUAAUCCUAGUCACUACAAGGAUGUUACUAGGCAAAUUUGCGCUUCAGCAACUGCCGUUUUGGGGGCUAUUUUGGACCAUAUUUAUGCAGAUGAAAAAGUUCUUGCGGAUAUUCAUAUUGAUAGCAAUUUUGUUGAUGAUUUAUUCGACUGCUUUAUUUCUGCGGAGGAUUGGCAAACUUGUUCUCUGUUCAAGCUGAUUCUUCAGGAAAAUCGGAAUUUCAGUGCAUUAACAACAACUGAAAAGAAGAUGAAAGAGACGUCUAUUGGGGUUGAAAAGCAAGAUUCACUAAUACGUUUACUAGCUCAGGCUCUUCUCGUAUAUACGCUUGGAGAGAAAGAUUUGGUAAAUGUUGUUGAUCGUAGACAAUGUGAAGAUCUCAAUAAAAAUACUCAGCUAUUUUUACACACUUGGCAAACAGAUCCAGCAACAAAUACGUCAAUUUGUUAUCGAAAUUCAAUGUAUAUUACUGCAGCACGUUCUCCGGCAUUUGAUAUUGAGGAAUAUGACUUUAAAUCGAGGCUGUAUCCUACGUGGGUUGAAAGUCAGUGGGAUUAUCCAGAAUUGACCCUGUUUUUAAUCCCACCUAAUCACAAUAAAUUUGAUUACACGGUGCUCGGUGCAGAUUACGAAAUUUGCGAAGAAAGGCAAUUUCGAAACAGUUUGGUUUGGUAUGAGGAGCCUGAGUUGGAUUGGUCCAUAAUAACUUCUUAG